AUGCCGUCUCAGCUGCAGUUCUUCCAGCCAUUUCGGCACCUCCCUGCCGACAUCCGGAACGAUAUCUGGGAUAGGACUGCACAGCAGAUACUGGCAAGACCGUCAGUGGAAUUCACCACCUUUCGAGCAUUCAUCAAUAUCGACGAUAUGGAUUCUGUCCUCAGCAGCAACUCAGAACAGCAACGGGCAACACUCCUAACCAGGAGCCUCGACUUUCGAAAGAUGCACAUCACGUGGGAACAAUCUGAUACUGCCGCCCAGCCUCCACGCCAUUCUGCCAUGUGGCAGGUCACUGAGCUGGCCGCCGCCUAUAGGGAACUCGAAUGCAUUCCUAACAAGGCCAUUCGUUGGUGGUCGCAGCCUGUACCAGCACCGACGGCAACCCAGAAUUUCCGCUUUGUGGAACGCAUCAACAUGUCCCAAGACAUCAUUCUUCUCACCGGCCCUGAGGAAGCGGCAUGGCUUCCCGUCUUCGGCUACUGUCCUCGACGAGAUAGGCAGAUAGUCGUAGUCGGCGGCCUCUCCAUGCCUGAGCUUGCAUGGCAGAACCGCUGGGACCAACUCCCGCCAAACCUGACGGAACGGUGUCCCGAGCUGGUCGACUGGUGCCCUGCGUUUUCGAGGGUGACGCGGGUGGCGUUUCUGUACGACAAGGAUUUGGACCGUGCUGGACACCAACGACUACCGUACUACCAACGCCUUGGUCUUCAGCAUCUGUGGCCUCAUAAUAUGCCUGUUCUCCAGGAGAUUUACCUGCUGGAUGAGUCCAUCAAGCUCCGUUCCGAAUCUGCCCUUCCACCUGCGACGGUACGGAGAUUUCCUGGACAUGGCUCUUCCUUCUACGAGGUUGACUGGAAGCAAAGCAAGGUCUGGAAGAUCAACACCCCAAAGGGGGAUCUGAUUCGGGUAUUCAGUGCUGCAAUCGACUUGCAAGCCAAGUAUGACCGUGUUGGGUCCCCAUCCAUGAACAUGCCCGAGCUUUCUGAAUACCCUCCAGAUUGUUUGUGA